UAAAGUGCUUCUAUCAUUGUUUAAUUUCUCAGAUCGUGGCAAAUAUGUUGGGCGUAUUUAGCAGUUCGAUUAUAUCGCCGCCGGACGAACUGGUGGCUGCCGGCUGCCGGACUCCGUCGCCGAAGAUAUCGUCCACGGCGCUGACGAAGCGGUUCGCGGAUUCCAAUACUGCCGCCGUCUCCCUCCAGAUCGGUGACCAUGUCCACCUCGCCUUCACUCACCACAACGAGUCUCCCUUGCGCCCCAGAUCGCUGGCAGUGAAGGAGGAGAUCUUCUGCUUGUUCGAAGGAGCUCUAGACAAUUUGGGGAGCUUGAGGAACCAAUACGGCCUUCCCAAAUCCACCAAUGAAGUCAUCCUGGUAAUCGAAGCUUACAAAGCUCUUCGUGAUCGAGCUCCAUAUCCGGUCGACCAUGUCGUCGGCCAUUUCAGCGGCAGCUUCGCAUUCAUCCUCUUCGACAACUCCACCUCCACCCUCUUCGUCGCCUCUGAUCAGUUCGGGAAGGUGCCUUUGUAUUGGGGAAUCACCGCUGAUGGAUACGUCGCGUUUGCCGAUGAUGCAGGUUUACUCAAAGGCGCUUGUGGAAAAUCCCUUGCGUCGUUUCCACAAGGCUGUUUCUACUCCACGGCGGUGGGAGAAUUGAGAUGCUACGAGAAUCCGAAGAACAAGAUAACUGCUGAACCUGCUCCUGAAGAAGAGAUCUGGGGUGCAAAAUUCAAGGUGGAGGGGCCAGCGGCUGUAUCAGCCACAGGGUUCGGGUAUCACAAUUUCCCAAUGGAGAUUUCAUAGAACUAUGCUGUAUCAGGCAUAGCGCAGUAACUUACACGGGGGAAGGUAAGAAUGGUGUGCUUAUUUUACUGUGCCGAAUGGUUUGUUUGAUUUCAAGGGGACUGUAAAACUGUAAAUACGAGUCUUUGUGGUAGAAAUUUGCUUGCUUUAGUUCUAUAAAAGUGUCUACGAUGUGUUCAAAUA